AAAUUUGUAACAAUAUUUAUAAAUAAAGUUUCGGUGCUUAUUUAUAAUCAACAGAAUUGUUAUAAUUUAAGUGAAACGAGAUGUCCUAAUCGUUAUUAAACCCACCUAACGCAUUUAAAUAUAAAAGUGAUGUGAGAAACUGUACACAAGACAAGAUGGCUGAUUAUCACAUCCGCGAGGCAGCGGAGUCGCUGCUUGGAAGCGUAUCCCAAAGACCGUACAGAAGUUUGGCUCAAUCGCAGUCAGUGAAUCUCUUGUCCGAGGACUUGGUUGCGGGUCACAGACCUCAGGGCAGAAUGUCCAGUAUUCGAAGAUUUUUUUGUCUGUUUGUCACGUUCGACCUCCUCUUUACAAGUCUGAUGUGGCUUAUAUGUGUUGUGAUGCGGGGCGAAACAUUAAUACAGAUAUUUACGAGAGAGAUUAUACAUUAUGACAUCAAAGUGUCGUUAUUCGAUAUAGUACUUGUUGCAAUAAUAAGAUUUUUAUUAUUAAUAUUAUUCUACGCCAUAUUAUAUAUUAAUAAUUGGAGUGUGAUAGCGCUCACGACGAGCGGAACGUGUGCCUUUUUGAUCGCCAAAGUGUUCGUGUUUGAUUGGCCCAAUGCGGCUCAACCAGUGUACCAGGUGUUCCUGAUCUUGGCUUCGUUCACGUUGUCCUGGGGCGAGGCCUGGUUCCUGGACUUCAGGGUGUUGCCACAGGAGUUGCAGGCGAAGCAGAUCCUCGAAGCCAUCGUGACUCAUGGAGCGACAGAACGCACCCCACUUUUACCUGGUGCGUCCACGCAUGGUGGCUCCACGGUGAACUGGUUCUCGCCCGUGGAGACACCGGAGUCCAGCCCGAGACCAAGGAUGCCUGGGGAACAGGUCAUCUUGACGCAAGAUCAGAUAGACGAAUAUAAACGCCUCGCGGAGGAGAGCAUGCAGGACGCGUGGAAGGUCAUCCAUGCGCCAUCUUGGAAAUUGGAGAAAAGGGGGACGCAGAAGGGUGAUUUCGUGGAGUCGACUCAGACUGAAAAGUUUGGGAAGGUAUAUCGAUUUACGGGUAUCGUGGACUGUCCAGCAAAAUUCCUCUUCAGCGAGUUCAGAGAUAAUUUAACUAGGCUGCCGGAGUGGAACCCGACUAUAUUAAAAAGUGAAUUGAUUAAAGAAGUGGGUCCCGGCGUGGACUUGUCGUACCAAGUGACGGCUGGUGGGGGCCGCGGGAUUAUCGCCCCACGGGACUUCGUCAUCCUCCGCCGGACGGCGCCACUAAGUAGUGACGGGAAAGUGACAGAUGACACGCCAUCUUGUUUUAUUAGCAGCGGUGUCAGUGUCACUGUGCCCGGAUAUCCGCCGCAUCGGGAUAUGGUCAGGGGACACAAUAAAGUUGGCUGUUGGUUCCUGACCCCCAAAUGGGUUCAAACGCCAAAUGGCAAAGUGGAACACACAGUCUUCCAGUGGCUAAUGUGCUGUGAUCUUAAAGGUAAAAUACCACAAUUCGUGCUGGACGCUGCAUUUGCUACUGUUAUGUUGGAUUACAUUGUUCAUGUGAGAGCAUUUGCCGCUAGUUGUAAAGCGAAAGGCAUGUUUUGAAGCUCUAACCUCAAGGGUUUUAUACGAAUUUAAAUUUUCAAAUUUCCAAUUUAAAUAAAAUACUAUCAAUUAAUGAUUUUAAAUCAUUAUUCGAUAAACAAUUUUAAAAUUAGUGCUUCUAAUGAAUGAACGAAUUGAAUUUUUGAAAUUCAAUUCUUUGUUUAACGAAAAUGUUAUGUAACUGAAUGAAGAUUUAAAAAAAAACGCAAUAAUUCAAUAAUCAUUUUGAUUUUAUUAAUGAUUAGUUUUAAAAUUUACAAUUUUAAUAAAAUUUUAAUAAAAAUAUCAUUAAAUCUUCAUUCAAUCAAUAAUUAAUUUUUUGUGGAGUUAUUUUAAAUCAACGCUAAAUGAUUUUAAAAAAAUACAGUCAUUCUUUGUUCAAUAAAGGAACAGGUUUUAAAAAUGUUACAUUUCCUUCGAAAAUUAAUUAAUGAUUAUUUAAAAAAAUAAUUGUAGUAAAACUUUGUUCAAUUAAUAAAACAUAAUUAUAAAAUAAAGUAACAACUUUACUUGUAAGUGGACGAAUUUUAACGAGACAAAUUUAAUUGAGAUUUUUUGAAUGGACGAAUUUUAAUUCAUUUAAAAUUACUACAUUAGUAAUAAUACUUAUUUUUAUAACAAAAUAAAUAUUUUUAACAAAUCAUUAGUUAACGACUGAUUUAAAUAAGAGACCUUUUAAAUUGUUUAUCAGUUUGUAUGUAUUAAGGCUUCGAAGUGACAAGUGUAUGUUUAUCCACAAAUUUCUCGAUAAUUAAGAGACUUCUUCAUUGGUUCAUUAGUUUAAUCAUUACUUUUUUAUUAUUUUUUACAAUUUCGUGCAUUUUUAGUUGAUAUAAGUGAAUAUAUGUAGACCGUUUUAGAAACCAUGUGGACACCUGCGCCUAACCCUGGUAGAUGUAUGUAAGUUAAGCUUUAAUAAAGGAAAUUUUAUACCGA